UUAUUUAUGUGCUGCUGGUUCGCUCUGCUCUCCGUUCGCUGUUAGCCUUCAGCGGUCAGCCGCGUCAUUCUCACUGACCCCAGUCUGACUGAGGAGGAUGAGGAACAGCGACUUUUUCCUCAUCGACCUGAUGCUCUUAUGCAUCGCCACCGAAACAAGUGCAUGGACCCUGAGAAACGCCACUGACUCCCUCUCAGGAGCGAACGGGACGGUCCGCACCAGCAGCGCAGAGGAGCACCUGGACGCAUCCCUGCCCAGAUCCAGGAGGAAGCGCUACAUCUCCCAAAGCGACAUGAUCGCCAUCCUGGAUUACCAUAACAAAGUUCGAGCCAGCGUGUUCCCACCUGCAGCCAACAUGGAGUACAUGGUGUGGGAUGAGGGAUUGGCUCGAUCAGCGGAAGCCUGGGCAGCCACCUGUAUCUGGGACCACGGACCUCCAUACCUGCUCCGGUACCUGGGCCAAAACCUUUCCGUUCGCACCGGCAACUAUCGCUCUAUCCUCCAGCUGGUUAAGCCCUGGUACGAUGAAGUGAAGGACUAUGUGUUUCCAUAUCCACGAGACUGUAACCCCAGGUGCCCUAUGCGCUGUUAUGGACCCAUGUGUACACAUUAUACACAAAUGGUCUGGGCGACAUCAAACAGAGUCGGCUGUGCCAUUCAGGUGUGUUAUAACAUGGUGGUGUGGGGAGCAGUGUGGAGACAGGCGACUUACCUGGUUUGCAAUUACUCUCCAAAGGGUAACUGGAUCGGAGAAGCUCCAUACAGAGUGGGCGUCCCGUGCUCGGCGUGUCCCCCCAGCUACGGAGGCUCGUGUAGCAACAACAUGUGCUUCCCUGCCAUGAACUCAAACUUCAUGUACUGGUUUAAGUAAGCUGUCUGUUUUAAAUGUCCUCGGGAAAGAAGUUAAAGUGUGGAAUGUGUCGGAGGAGAUCAGACCGGUCAGUUUUAUGAAGCAACAUUUUUGUGUGUAAUUUUCUAUGAAUAAUAUGGAAAGAAAUCCAGAAAUUGUGCAAAUGUUAAGAAUUUUUAUGGCUCUUUUUUAGUGUGGACCAUCAUAUUGAUGCUUUCGAUGACUUUUUUGAUGCUUUUGAGUUUUGUACCAGUACACAGUUAAAGGGGAAUUCCAUCAUUUUUUCAAAUGCACAAUUCAAUUCAUGUAAACAAAACAAAGUGGUUCAUUGUAGAAUUGCUCACUCUGACCUUUACAGCAGAGGUGAUAGGAACCAGGGGUCACAAUAUCAAUAUGAACAUUUUCAUUCACGACCCAAAAUGACCAGUUGACUUGCAUGUUCUAAGAGUUUUACAUGUAAUAUUGAAGCAAUAGUGAAAAACGUUUUUGGGGCUAUUUUGCCGUCUUACACCUUGACUAAACCUCUCCACUAUUGAUGGAGUGUGCAUUUUACGGUUUAUGCCAAAACCAUCGUGAAUCAACAUUUUACACGUUAAGCAGUGUAUUCCAAACCAUUUCAUGCAGUAGCGUUUAGAGGCAUUGAACUCUUCAGACAUCUGGUUCCUAUCACCUCCACUGAGAACAACACAGUGCGUUUCUCUAGAAUGAAACAUUUCCCAUCAAAGCACUCUGAAUGAGCGAAUUACGCAGAAUUGAUACAAAAAUGUGGACUUCCUCUUUAAAGCCUGUGAUAAAUCUAUCUUUCCGUACUUAGUGUGUAUGGUUCGUUGUAGCUGAUGCUUAUUUUGACGAGUUGUUAGAAUGAUUUACUGUCAGGAUGUUUCCAUGGUGCUUAACCAUAACCUUUAUGUCUAUAUAGAUAUGGUAAUUGUUCCAUGGUCAUACAGCAGCUACCGUCUGAUAAUAGUGUUUAAAGUGGCCUGUGUGUGUGUUUGUGUGUGUGUGUGUGUUGAUCAGCUAAAUUGCAUGCCAGCUCACCUGAGGCCUAACAGAUCACAUGGAUUUCUAUGUAAAAUUUCAAGAAAUAGCUUCAAUAUUAUUCGUGCCACCCUGCAAAAUUUCAAAGGGUUUUUAGUUUUGAACUGAUAAAGUUUUCUUCAUCAGGUUUUAAAUAGCAUAUUAAAUAUUGAGUUAAAGCGCUUGCAGAGUGACUGAACUGAGCGGAGAGAUUAAGUGGGUAUAAGUACAAGACUAAAAUAAUAUUUCAUUUUAAAUUAAUGUUUAUAUUAAUCAUGUUAAUCUUUCUGUAAACUGUUGUUUAAACAUUUGAAGCGCAUCUUCUACACACCGUCUAUAGAGAACACCGAUUUUAAUGCGCAAGUAGUAUUUAUUUGCUGAGAUUGACAUAUAAAGAAAAAAUAAAACAGAAAAUAUUUUAUGGCUCAUUUUAUAUGUUUUUUUUUCUACUAUGUUAAGCUCACCAAAUGCAUAGAAAUGAUGCCAUAUUUAAUUAUGCCAUAUCAGGUUCCCUAAACUUUGGCCACAAUUAACAGUCACAAACCUUAUAAUUACGAAGCAUGGUUCAGUGCUGAAAACCGGUCAGGUGGUACUAUAUUUCUACAAAAAUUUUAAAAAUUUGCUGUUAUGGUGGUCAUGGUAUCCACCCCCCCCCAGCCCCCU